GUCAAUGUGUCCUUCUUAGGAAAAAUAAGGGUAGUGCUCAAUAGUGACAUAUGUGGCUGAUUUUUAAUUGAAGCAACAUAACGUUCUUCUUCGUGAUGUUCUAAUUUUUUUUCUCUUGACACUAUUUGCAGCUACUUGCAACCAUGGCAUCUAAUGCACUUGAAGAAAAAAUAAAUAAAAUUCGACAACAAAAUGAAGAAAUUAGAAGAAGAUAUGAGGAAGUUGAAGAAGAUAAAAAAAAUGCAGCAAAACUAAAUGCUUUGGUACAAAUGGUACCAUCAACAGAUUGGCCAGAGAGAAAAGAACCACCAGAAUUUGUAAAUCCUCCUAAAAUUAAACCAAAAUCAACCAAAGAAAAACAUGAAUAUAUAUCACAUUCUCAUGCUGGGGAAGGAAAAAAAAUUCAUUCUUUUGCUCAAGGAGAGGGACCACCACCGGAUCCUAAAUACAAUUUUUUAGCAGAUUCUGAAAGAGAAGAACCUAGUGUAGAAUACAUAAAAGAAAAUAAUGGGAAUAGAUCUCAUCAUAAAGUAACAAAAGGAAGUUUCAGAAAAAAGAUUAAUGGCAGAGAGGGUAAUCAGAAAGAUAUUAAAUCAAAUAAAGGAAAUUACAGAGAUGAAUCUCAACCAGCAUAUGAUGCUUGGAGAGCAGAAAGAAAUCGUAUUGAUGAAGAUCGUAUUAGUAGACAAAGAACUGCAGAAGGCAAUUGGCGUAGGGAAUGGGAUAAUGAUAAAGUACAUAUUAUAUAUGAUGCAGUAAAAAAAUCAUCAAGGCCUACAUUAGGAGAUUUUACAAAAAAGGAUAAAGAUUCUGAUAAGAGAUAUCAUGUUAAUAAUAAUGAACAUGUCAAUUACAUUCGUGGAACUCAUCGUCCUCAUCGUGGAACAAAAAAUUUUUACAAUAAUUAUGAAAAUCGGUCUUAUAAUACUUAUGACCAACAUAGAAAUAAUACAGCAAUAUCCACAAAAAUUCCUGUUUCUCCAACUUCUGAAGAAAGAACUGUCAUUGCAACUGAUAAAAGUAUUAAAGUCACAGUAAAUCAAAGCAAUAUAACAAAAGGACCUGUAAUGAGUGUUAAAGUGAAUUCACCAAGUAUAGCUGGAACUGGAAGAGUUGGACCACGGCAAAGAACUCGCUUAACAUAUAGUCAUUCAGAUGUCGAUACACCUUCGUCGGAAGGUGAAUCGUUCUUCCGUCAAAAAUCAUUUGAAGAUAAAUCCAAAGGAACUUAUUUUAAUAAUCAGAAGUUCCCUAAUUUAAAGAGAUCUCAUUCACAAAGAAAAAAAGAAAAUGAAACAAAAUAUCAAUAUCAUUCAAAGAAAGAUAUAAAAAAGGAAGAUAGUGAUUCAUAUAAGCAUUACGAAAAUGAAUUUAAAUCUUAUACACAAAAGGAUCAAUAUAAAUCUCAUGCUAUUAAAUCAUCAAAAUCGUUAAAGGAAAAUAUAAAAAUGACAGAAGAUGAUUCUUCAAAUGUGAAUGUUUCACAAACACACGAAACUCAAGAAUGUUCAACUCCUAGUAAAAUAAAAUUGGAACAAAAUAUUGAAAUAAAUAAUGUUGAAUUAAAUAUCAAACAUAAUGAUGAACAGAAUAUUGAAUAUAAUAGUGAAAAAAAAAUUAAAUGUAAUGAUGAACAGAAUAUUGAACAUAAUGCAACAGAAAAUUGUUGUAAUAUUCAAUCUAUUAAAGUAUCAACUAUAGAAAAUGUGCAAUCAAAUAUUGAAAAUAAGAUAACAAAUAAAAUAUCAUCGAUAAAAGAAAUAAAAAUUGAAGAAAUUUCUUUGUCAGAUAAUUCUAAACACAUUACCAAAGAUGAUAUCGAUAAAAAUAAUUUUGAAAAUAACAAUGAAUGUUCAGAUUCUCUUAUAAAUAAUGUAACAAAAGAUUUACGAGAAAGUAUGUCUUCCGAAAUAUCGGUUCCAAUUAAUAUUCACUGUAAUGAGAAACUAAUAUUAGAAAAUAAUGAAAUAUUUAAUGAUGUUAUUGAAAUAGAUAAAGAUCUUCUGUAUAAAGAUGAUCAACAAAAAUCAAAACAAGUUAUGAAACAGUUUAUAAAUGACUGUGAUAAUAUCGAAGAUAAAGUUACAGUGCAACAAAGUAUAGAGGAAAUAACAGAUAAUUCUGUAUCUUUAUUGGAAGAUAAAAUACAUUCUGUGAUAGAAAUUAAUAAUCAAUCUGUAUGCAAUAAUAAGUUAAUAGAAAAAGAACAAUUAAUACAGAAAGAAAUAUUGAAUUUAGAAAAUACAGCAAAGAAAAAUAAUGUAUCUGAUAAUGAUUUAAAGGAUACUAUGAAUUUUUGUGAAACAAAAUCUGAAAAUAUUUUUAGUUCCGCAGAUGAAAGUGUGGAUGGAAAUUCAGUACAAGAAAGUAAAGAUAAAAUUGAGGAAAUAAAAGAAAACAAAGAAAAAGUAAACGAAAUAAAUGAUAAAAUAUUGCAAUAAAAACAAUAUCAAGUCUUAAUAAAAUGUGUAAUAAAUUACACCUAUACUUUUUGAUAUUAGAAACAUUUCUAAUAUUCAUUAUGAUAAAAAAUAUUGUUUUAACGUAUUAUUAGGAAUGAAUUUUAAAAAUUUUGAAAAUAUUAAUAAUUGCGAAAUUUCUUUUAAUAGUUAAAAAUUAAAUUGUUAAUUUUUGAUUUGAUUUUAAAAUAUUUCACAAUAAUAGCAAUACAUUUUAAUUGGUUAAUUUAUCAUUUAACAUUCAUGAAAAGUUAAAAUAAAUUUAUUUUGAAGAUUAUAAAUAUUUUCAGCAAAAUAUUUACAAGACAAUUUUAAAAUAAUGAAAGAAUUAUUAUUAUUACUAAGUGAUACUAUUUGCGCACAAUCGUUAAUGCUAUUUAAUCCUUUGUGAGUUUACAUUUAAUCAUUUUUUAUUAAUAUUUUCUUUAAAUGAAAAUUUUUUUUUAAAUACAUUGGAGAUAAUAUAUAACUAUUUAUAUGAUUAUCUUCUAUUUUCAUUUACAAAAGGAUCCAUUUUUUAUCUUUUUUUUUCUAAUAUUACAUUGUUACAAAUGAAAAAAACAAUGUAAAUAUUUUGUAUAAAAUAUUCGUUUUGGUUUUUUUAUUUUUUAAAGAAAUAAAACUGCAAAGGAUUAGUACACUAUAAAUUAAUCUACUACAAUGCUUUUAUAAUACAUAGAAAUUGACAAGGCCAAGAUUCGUAUUUCUUGAUACUUUAUAUAAAAUUUUACGACAAUAGAAUACUAACAUCUAUUCAGAUAUUGCGAUCUCGAAUGAUAUUUUUGUAAUUGGCUAUAGGAAUUAAUUGUAUAUUGAAGAUUGAUAUAUGUAUACACAAAAAAUGUUGUAUACUUCAAUAUCAUUGGAACUAUUGAUUUAGGAAAGAAAAAACAGAAAAAGCAAUCAUUUAUAAUAUUCUAAAUAUUAUAAGAUUAAACUAUACGCUAUAUUUAUUUAUCUUUAGUCUAAAAACAAUGUUACGUUACUUUAUAGUUUAUAUAAUUUAUUUGCUUCUUUUUAUUAAAAGAUUAUUUAUUGCACGUUUUUUUUAUUAUUACGAUAUUUUGUUAUAUGCUUGCUUUAUGUUUUAUCUUUCAUUUAAAAUGAGAUAGUAAUGAGACGAUUAGCUAAAAAAGGAUAUCAUUAAGUGUUGAAAAAAAAUUAAAUUUUUAACAAUUCAAAGAGGGAGAUGAUUUAUAAAAUAUGAAUAUCUAUUAUUAUCAUAAGAAAAUUUGGAUAUUUAUAUUUUUAUAUAUGAUUAAUAAUUUUCAAAUUAAUUAAUUAAUUAAAUUAUAUAAACUUUCAAUUAAUAAAAAUUAACAUUUUUUAAAAUAUAUAUUAUGAAAAAUAUAAUGAUAAAAUGUAAUAAUAUUAAAAUUGAUUAAUGAAUAAUAUUAUUGAUAUAAUUUUUUAUUAAUUGUAUUUAUUUUCUUUAUUAUAUUAUUUUUAAUAAUUAAAAAUGAGUGCCAUUAUGAUUUUUUCUUUAUUAAUUCAAACUUUCUUUUUUUCUCUAAUUCGUUAUGGUGCCAUUAAUUUUAAAAUUAACAUUGUUCCUCAGAUCCCUCUGUAUUAUGAUCCUUGACAAGAUCGUUGGUUUCUAUUAAAUUUGAUGGCGUGUAAUUCAAAGCCUCCAUCAUGUUCGUUAUUCUCAACCAUAGUUUUCUAUCUGUAAGAUUAUUCUGAUACUUAAAAAAAAAAGAAAAAAAAAUUAAAUAAACAAUAAAAAUUGUUAGUAAAA